UCGGGGGAGUCUAUUUAAAAUAUGUAUGUUCGGUCGCCGCCUGACAAUUAAAACUGAUGGCUCCAUACCAAAUUCAAAUUUAGUUAGUCAACAUUCAUACAAAUUCUAAACAUUUUCUGCUUCAUCUUUACGGCCACUGACGACAUAAGCUAUGACUUGAAGGACAACAAACUAGUCAAACCGAGGCGAUCCUUUGCCCGUGGACAGAGGUCCAAUUUUAGUCCAAACGACCAUAAUGCGGUGAGGCGGAAAGUCCACUUCUUACAAAUCGGCAGCGAGCAAGGCGACCUAUUUCGCUCACGAAAUUAAAGCUCCAAUGAUAACCUAAAUAUAUUUGUUGUAUGCCGUUGGCUACACUAUUUCUUAAGAGAAGUGUGUUCGGUGAAGUAUAACAUGUCUGCGACGAUGGCUCAAAUAACAGAAGAAGGAGCCCCAGCGGUGUCUUCAAUGGAGGCGAAUCCUCCGAUGGACCAGGACAUUUCAGUAGACCAUCAACAGGGUCUACCACAGAUUCAAUAUCUUCAACAGCAAUAUUAUUACGGCGGACCGCAGUCCCCAUGGCGAGUCCCAUAUAACCACCCGUCAUGGUGUCCCCGAUAUGGACAUCGACACCAUCAAUGUUGGUAUUGCAUGCCUCAUGUGAGUCGCCUACAAGUUUGUCAUCCCAACUCAGCAAUGACGAACAACAUAGCCCCAUUAUUUAGUGAGCUUUCAAAUGGAGGUCAGUGUCAGUGUUGUUCAGCCUGGAAGAAUCAGGCCGAACUAUCAGCAAUACAAGAUCGGACCAAAGCCGGCGGCCGUUCAUGUCUCACACAAGAAACCUCGGAUGCCUGCAGUUUGAAUGUGAGCGAAAGCAGCGCAAUCUAUAAAAACAAAGCCGAAUCAAGCAGUCGAGCCUCCAAAAAGUGCAAAGCCAAUAAUCGAAAGAAGGCCUCUUCAAAGAAGUUAGCCACACAAGGGCAAGAUACAGAAGUUGGCAAGAAGCAAAUAUACAAGGAGAAAGAGGAGGAACCAAGUCUGGAGAAUGGAGCAAGCAGCUUAAUUGAAAUAAAGCCGAUUAACAGUCAAGCAUUCUCGGCCUGCUCAUCUGUCAAAAAGCGCCGAUUUUUCAGUCGACUUUUUGGCGGCAUAGAUUCCCGCCGCCAAGCUCAAACAAAGCCUGCAUCCCACGUCCAGGAUCCUACGAAAGUGCACUCAGACAACAUCGAUCACCUUGAGGUUCGCGAAGCCGAUGGCUCUAAGAAGCUUCGGGCAGCUAGGCAAUCUAAGAAACGCAAGGACAACAAUCGUUCAAACGAGAAGUAGAAAUGAAACAUAAAACGGAUAGAAAAUUUGGAAAUAUUUUACAAUUGAAAUUAUAAUAAUGUAAUAAAGACAAUAGCCCAUAUAACAAAGCAAA